CCUUUCUCUUUUCCUCUCUGGGGCCUGGGCCCAGGGAGCUUCCUCCUCGCCCAACACACACAGGCAUCAAAUUCCUCUAACGGCCUCUGGGGUGUCGGAUGCAAUUUAAACCCCUUCCUCGAGGACGCCCCACCUUUCCCGCCCGCGCCCACCUGCCUGCCCACGGCAGAGCCCUCCGCUGUCAAGGAAAGCCGGUUGGCCCUUUCUGGGAGGCAAAGACUGCUGCUCCCCACUCCAGCGUCACCGGCUCAUUCCCUGUCCCAGGUCUCAGCCAAAAGGGAUCUUUCUCCCCCAACCGCCCAAGAGAACCUUCUCCAGAAGACUCACCACCACCUUGCAGCUGAAAGGAGCCGGGCAUCCCAGACCCGAAGCAGAUGACUUGGUGUUAUAAUACAAAAUCAAAAAAAAAAAAAGAAGUUGAAUUGUAUUGAGAUUUCUGAUCUGUAAAUCUCAAGUCUCCACCCAAGCCUAUGUUCCUUGGACUUCAGCUUGCUUAGAUUGUGUGGAAAAUCCCCCUGGAAGGAUGGGGGAGACCUGCUCGCGGCUCCGAUCCCAGGAGGAUGAGUCCAUGCCCAUCGCGCCCACCAGCCCAGUCACAGCCGGCAAGGCUGCUUGCUACUCCAGCACCAGCAGCAAGUCGUUUUUUUCCUGCGUGCCCUGCAGAGGAGCUGCUGCUGUCCGCUUUGUGACUUGUCCUACUUGCCAAGGCAAUGGCGAGAUCCCUCGAGAGCUGGAGAAGCAGCUGGUGGCACUCAUCCCUUAUGGAGAUCAAAGGCUGAAGCCCAGACGCACGAAGCUCUCUGUGUUCCUGGCAGUACUCACAUGCCUGGUGACCUUCUCCUUCAUCAUCUUUUUCCUGUUUCCUCGCUCCAUCACUGUGCAGCCUGCAGGUCUCAACUCCUCCAUCGUGGUCUUUGACAAGGCUGAUAUUCACCUCAACAUGACGAAUAUCUUGACCAUCUACAACAACAACUUCUACCCCAUUACUGUGACCCAGAUGACCAUUGAGGUUCUGCACCUGACCCUUGUAGUGGGGCAGGUUUCUGAAAGCCUCCUACUGCACAUCGGCCCUUUGUCCAGCAAACAGAUGUUUUAUGAAGUGCCCAGCAGGAUAUGGGAUGAAAACACCUACAAAAUCUGUACCUGGCUGAAAAUCAAAGUCCACCAUGUGCUUUUACACAUCCAAGGCACCCUGACCUGCUCCUACCUGAGCCACUCAGAGCAGGUACCCUUUGAGAACUACGAAUAUCUGGACUGCCGGGGAAACACAUCAGUGACCCAUCUGGAGACUCCUCACCCAUCCUGACCCGUCAGAUGCCUCUGUGCUCCAGGCACCAGCAAGCCUAGCCUGUACCCCUCAACUCCGUGGAGCUCAAGGAAGGACUUUCACAUAGGAAAAGCCCUGCUUUAUUAUGCCCUACAGCACAGGGAGCCUAUGUAACGUUAAUGUCCUAAGCAUUCAAUCCUUAGAUUUCCAUGGGUUCUUUCUGGAGCCAGCAUCAGAUCUUGCUCUUGGUCUGUCUUGAGAAAAGUCUCACCUGACCCCCACCCCAGCUCCAUCACGGUUGGUCUUCCGUCUGAAUGAGAAGCUAUAAUUUUAUCUGGCUUUUACAACAUGGAUCCCUUCAUGUUGUCUACGCAGUGAUAAGAGAGCAACUUUCGGGACAUCCAGUGAAGUCUCUAAGGUCUUUGGGGCUUCAUAGAUGUUCUCUCCUAUGCUUUCUGCUUUGAUCAUGUGAUUAAAGUAACAGUGAUGGCCUGCU